UGAUGGCGGAUAUCUCGGCGCUGGCCAACCGUCGCAGGGUCUUGUUGCCGGCAGCGUCGUCUUCCUCGAUGAACAGGGUUGUCUUGAGCGACGAACUGCCGGCGUUGAUGGAGAGGAUAAUGAUGCCCAUGGUGGGAGAGCGUGUCUUUAUAACCUGGUCUCACGCUCCCUACUUUUUUGUAUUUGUAUGAUUGCCAGUUGUCGUUUGCGAGAGGGAGAGGGUUUGGUAUUUGUCUUAUCUCGUAGUCCAGCCACUAUACAGUGGUAAUGAGGACAUCAGACCACAGCUGCAGUAUGGGGAGAGGCCACGCUUCUACCACACUUAAUUACCACUACAACACAGACUACCAGGCACCGCGACGACGAACAAAGCACUAUCCACAGCAUAAAGUCGCUGCGUACCUCGCCCGCCUCAGGAACGGGCUGCGGGACUCGCCAGCGAUUCGCUGCGAUGAUGGCAGCGGGAAUCUGAGCAUCCGCAUGUACAAUGUACGACUUGUAUGGGCCUCAUUGGAUGCAUGCGCAACUUGGGUCUCCCGCGAUACUACCUAGGUACCUGGUAUUGCAUCACAGAUUCAUCAAGUUCCACAAACCUUCGACAUCAUAAUGUCACCAACAUGAUCCUCCCGCAUCCCGCGCACUCCCGCUGGAUUCGGAGUGGCAGUGAUAUGGUAAUGGUGAUGAUGGCAAACAGGGAACAACAGUGAAUGAAACAUCUUGAACCUCACUCAUCCUUCGUCCUCGUAGUUCUUUCCUUGCCAUUUCUUCUGUUGUUCCCGUCUUUGCGAUCUGGCUGACCGCGCAGGGAUUUCGACCUCCGUCCCCUCAACACCAUCCAGAUCGCUAAAGCGCUCUCUCCAACGAGCCAUUCCGAAGUUGCCUUGAAUCAACCCGUCUCAAAAUGCCUGGUGAAGUGAUGGACCGUCCGAAUCCUCCUCCCCCGCCAUCCAAUAUCCCCGACUAUGUCUCUGAUUUGCUAGUCAAGCUGGACAAGCCGACGUUGGCAGACAAUACCAACGAUCUUAUGGCAAAAUACCGGCGUGCGGCCAACUACAUCGCAGCCGCCAUGAUUUUCCUACAGGACAAUGUUCUGCUCGAAAGAGAUCUCACAUUCGACGACAUCAAGCCGAGAUUACUGGGUCACUGGGGUACAUGCCCUGGGCUGACCUUGGUCUACUCUCAUCUCAACCUUCUUAUCAAGAGACAUGAUCUGGACAUGCUAUUUGUUGUAGGCCCGGGUCACGGCGCGCCGGCUAUCCUGGCCAACCUAUGGCUCGAGGGCUCCCUGGCCAAGUUCUACCCCCAGUACUCGCAAGAUGCGAAGGGACUCCACAGAUUGAUUAGUGGUUUCAGCACCACCGGUGGUUUCCCAAGUCAUAUCAACGCCGAGACUCCUGGCGCCAUCCAUGAAGGAGGUGAGCUUGGGUAUGCACUGGCCGUGUCAUUCGGCGCUGUCAUGGACAAUCCCAAUCUGAUUGUGGCAUGUGUGGUCGGUGACGGCGAGGCUGAAACUGGCCCUACUGCUACAGCAUGGCACGGUUACAAGUAUAUCGAUCCUGCCGAAUCGGGAGCAGUGCUGCCGAUAGUGCAUGUGAACGGUUUCAAGAUCAGCGAGAGAACCAUUUAUGGAUGUUUGGACGACAAAGAGCUGGCAGCCUUGUUCACAGGUUAUGGAUACCAGCCUAGAGUGGUUGAAGACUUGGGAGACAUUGAUGCAGACCUCUCCAGCUCGAUGGAGUGGGCCGUGUCGGAAAUCAGACGCAUCCAAAAAGCCGCACGAAGCGGAAAGCCUAUCAUGAAGCCUCGUUGGCCUGUGUUGAUAUUGCGGACUCCCAAGGGAUGGUCGGGGCCGAAAAAGGUCCAUGGACAGUUUGUCGAAGGGUCAUAUAAGUCCCACCAAGUCCCCCUCCCUGCUGCGAAGACGGAUAAAGAGGAGCUCAAGCAACUCCAGGAGUGGCUCGAAUCCUACAAACCCAAGGAGCUCUUCAAGGAGAAUGGUGAUGUGAUUGAUGAGAUCAAAUCUGUCUUCCCUGAGAAACCCGAACGACUUUUAGGUCAAAAGAAAGAAGCAUAUGAUGCUUACCAGCCGCUCAACGCCAUUGAUUGGCGCAAGUUUGCCGUCAAGAAAGGAACUUCGGAGAGUUCCAUGAAGACAGUGGGCAAGCUGCUCGAGCAGGUGAUCAAAGACAACCCCAAGUCUUUCCGCAUUUUCUCGCCCGACGAGUUCGAAUCCAACAAGCUUGAUGCUGUGUUGAACUCGACGACCAGGAACUUCCAGGUCGAUCAGUAUUCUAAUGCUCGCGGUGGGCGGCUUAUCGAAACCCUCUCGGAACACCAGUGUCAAGGAUGGAUGCAAGGCUACACUCUUACCGGUCGGACGGCCGUAUUUCCCAGCUACGAAGCAUUCCUGGGAAUCAUCCACACCAUGAUGGUUCAAUUUGCCAAAUUCGGCAAAAUGGCGCGAGAGUUGACCUGGCGCAAGGACAUUGCGAGUAUCAACUACCUCGAGACGUCGACUUGGACCAGACAGGAACACAAUGGGUUCUCGCAUCAAAAUCCCAGCUUCAUCGGAGCAGUUUUGAACCUCAAGCCUGAUGCAGCUAGAGUAUAUCUGCCACCCGACGCCAAUACCUUCCUCUCCACUAUGGCCCAUUGUCUGCAUUCCAAGAACUAUGUGAACCUCAUGGUCGGCUCGAAGCAGCCAUCGGCUGUGUUUUUGUCGGCGGAUGAAGCCGAGAAUCACUGUCGCGCCGGUGCGUCGGUGUGGAAGUUCGCUUCUACCGACGAAGGACUCAACCCCGACGUCGUGCUUGUGGGCAUCGGGGCCGAACUGACAUUCGAAGUGAUUGCAGCAGCGGACUUGUUGAGGAAGAGAGUGCCGAAUCUGCGCGUCCGUGUCGUCAAUGUCACUGAUCUGAUGAUCCUCGGAACGUCUAGGAGCCACCCCCACGCCUUGACGGACGAAGCAUUUGAUUCUCUGUUCACAGCAGACGUGCCCAUCCAUUUCAACUACCAUGGGUACGCGCCUGAGCUCAAAGGACUGCUUUUCGGAAGGCCGAACAUGGACCGCGUCACGAUCGCCAGUUACAAGGAAGAAGGAUCGACGACGACCCCGUUCAACAUGAUGCUGGUCAAUGAAACCAGUAGAUAUCAUGUGGCGAUACAGGCGAUCAAAGGCGCCGCCCGGCGCAACGAGAGGGUCCGGUUGUAUCUGCAUGAACUGACGAGCGAGUUCACUGGCAUGAUCAGCAAGGUGCAAAAGUUUAUUAUCGAGAACAAAACUGAUCCGGACUAUCUGAACGAGAUCGAAACCUUCAAGAUCGACACCAGUGCGCUGAGCGAGGGCUGAUUGUAGCACACUACAUAUGGAUGACAUGGUGUCCAGCUGCCGCUGGAAGUGAUCGGUACGAGAUGAGGAUCCAAAAGCGAUAGAGGAGCCUCCUGUAACAAUGUCUGAUAUGUUAAUGAAGAGACCAUGACCAAAAGCAAACAACGAAUAGUAGUGAGCCCCGAAAAUGAUGGUUCAUUAUGUUCUCUUUCCGGAAUGAUGGCCGUCUACAUUCCACCACACUUAUCAGAUGCCAAACUUCUGAAGGACCCUUUUUCUCCUCUAAAGCUUGAUAUUCCACGGCCGCCGAAAAAAACAAAACCACGCGUUCGCUUGACCCUCUCCUGACUGUGCCCAUGCCUGAAGUUGAGCACGGUACGGUGACCCGGAGCGGCUGUAUGGUCUUAUUGGCACUUACAAAUUCCAUAUUCAUACAGCCAGCGCACAAAUAAGGCCAUACAGCCGCGCAUGGACAUUAUCUGCAUGCAAAGCCUGGAGAUGCCGCACUAUCGAAUCAGUAAUCACUUGUGCCUUUCCAAACGAUGCUCCCAGCGGUUCGGCGAAUUCGAGCAUUAGCAUCCACCGACCACCACUAGUACUAGUAGUGGUACUAUUAGGAGGAGGAGGAGGAGUAGUAGUAGAAGUAGUAGUGUUGUCUUCAGUAAUAGUACGUCCAGACGCACCGCGUGUUUGCGACUGAUCCUCCUGAAACCGCACCGCCUGGUACGACUUUGUAGAACUUCCCGCGCGGGUAGCAUGUUCAUCAUGCUCGAAGAAAUGCAGGGCCAGGCACGCAUGGUACGGCGCCAGAACGGCUGACCAAGCUGAGUCGAUGAUCCAUGAGCGGAGUUCUUGUCGUUGAACGAGAGAAAAUGGGGGUUGGAAGACGAUAUGGGCGAGUGUGCCACCGGCGCCUGUGUUGACGAGUAAUUCAGGCCUUGUCGUAGAAUAAAC